AUGGAGAGCGAGCAGGUGAAGCGGCGGUUCGGGCGGUGCCCCUACUGCCGCGCCAUGAUCUACCAGGACCCGCAGGCCGUCAUCUACUACUGCAGCAAGUGCCGCACGCCCAUCCGAGGCAAGAACCCGGAGCCCACGGACGACACCGAGUACUCGCUGGCGCAGCUCGAGAUCCUCUCCUUCGACACCAUGUCCACCUACUCCGACGAGACGGAUCCGCCCAAUGGCGGAAACCUCGAGCCGGGCAGCCGGGACAACGGGGUCGCGUCCUCCUCGUCCGCGUACCGGCCCUACAGCGCGAUCAGGACCGGUCCAAGGAGCGGCGAUCUGGGCCGGCACGACGAAGCGGAUCAGGUUCGGCGAAGCGGGUCGCCGCUCCACAGCCGCGUGAGCGAGCUCCGGCCGGCGUCCCGGAGGACCAGGCGGCCGGCGAGCGCUGACCUCGACGCGCCCAAGGACGGAGGCGGCGAGUUCGACGUGCCGCGGACGAGGUCGGCCUCGUCCUACGGCCGCCGGGCGUCGCCGCUCAACUCGCAGGAACUCGAGGCGGCGAUGGGCAUGGUGGGGGAUGGACCGGCCGCUGGUGUGGCCUCGAGAUCGCCGCUGGCUGACCCGGGGUUCCAGCAGAACCUCCUGCACGCUCUCGAGAACCUCCGGAAGCUCAUCGUCGCCGUCGAGGAGCCGCUCAGAGUCGACGCGCCCCGGCUCGCUCCUGGUGUGCCUCCCAAGAGCGCGCCUGGCAGCAACAGCGCCCCUCAGAAAGUCACGCGGCGCGACUCCCGCAUCCUGCGCCGCCUCGAGUCGCAGCUCGCCCAGGCAUUGCCGGCCACCGACAGCGGCCGGCGCCUUGGCAAGCCCAACACCUCGUCGUCAUUGUCUUCGUGGAUGUCCGCGUCGGCGUCGGCAUUGGCACCGGUGUCGGAACCGGCAUCGGCAUCGAGCAGCCGGCGCGGGGCGUCGGCGAGGCACCUAAUCUGCCGCCCGGUCAUGGGCGGCACGCCGUUCGUCCUCUGCGACAAGUGCGAGGAGAUACUGCUGCUACCGGCCGGCCUAUCUGUAGACAAAUUCGCCAGGCUGCAGUGCGGCGGCUGCGACGAAAUGCUCGAGGUGACGCUGCCGGCGAGGGGCGGCGGCUCGACGACGGACCGGCCGAGGAAGAUAUUCUCCGCGCCGCAGCCAGCUGGUUUUGGCGCCGACGACGCGGAGGAGCAGAACACGCGUGCAACUGCGAGGAGCCGUUUGAGCGGCGAGCAGCUACGGCAGGGCCCCGACCAUGGGCUACUCCACCACGUGCUCGGCUACAGCUCGGUGAGCUCGGUUCUCCGGAGCCGUCGGUACGACGACGAGGACAGCUGA